UGUGAUUCUGUCUGUAUCAACUGAAGCCUGUCUAAUAUUGUGACAGUAUAGGUUAUUAUAAACCAACCUGUGGCAUCGACUUUGGAAAUGCAACGUUUUCAGCUUCCAGGAGAAAUACCUUUAUUGUGAAGCAUGUAACGAGCCUUGGCCGGAAGUCCUCUGCGCGUUGUUGCUGCGUUCCCUCCGCUGCCCCUUCUCUCGCGGUAUCGCUAGUACACCGUUAGCUUGCUAGCUAACCACAUCGUUUCCAGGUUUCGUGUCGACCUGAAAACAGCAAGCGGAGCGAGACACGGAGGCCGCGCAGCCGAACCGUCUUCACGCCCAGGCUGCACAAAGGAGCGGGACAAUGCCACACAACUUCCAGCCCGGAGACCUGGUCUUCGCCAAAAUGAAGGGAUACCCCCACUGGCCAGCCAGGGUAGGCAAGAUCGAGGAUGUGGCUGAUGGAGCAGUGAAACCGCCUCCUAACAAAAUCCCCAUUUUCUUCUUUGGAACACACGAGACAGCAUUCCUCGCAGCGAAGGACCUUUUCGCCUAUGAGAAGAACAGUGAACGCUUCGGAAAGCCAAACAAAAGGAAGGGAUUCAAUGAAGGUUUAUGGGAGAUCCAGAACAACCCACACGCCUCCUACAGUGCCCCGCCUGUACCGGCUAGCUCAUCUGACAGCGAGGGCAACAACGCUGGAGGAGGGAGUGAUGAGGAUGAGGACGAUGAAGAGGUCGUUCCUCCUCCAAAAGCUGACUCUGGAAGCGAAGUUGACUCAGAUUCUGGGAGUGAAGACCGCGGACGUGGAGGAGGAGUGAAGCGAAAGCCGCCAGCUCCCAAGCGGCCUCCACCUCCGAAAAAGGCUCGAGGGUCUUCCAGUGACCGAGAUGGAGAAGAGAGUGGAUCACCCUCCGGAUCAGAACCCACACCUUCGGAGUCUGACUCUGGAAAGAACAGUGACCAGGAUUUUACUCCACAGAAGAAAACCGGUGGACGAGGUGGGAAGAAAGCAGGAGGGAGAGGGAAGAAAAAGAAGGCUUCCUCUGGCUCAGAUUCAGAGUCGGGAUCAGGCUCAGAGAAGAAAGUAGCGGACAGUGACUCGGAGGACGAGAAACCUCGACCAGCUCUGUCUGGCUCAGAAUCCCAGUCUGGCUCAAAGUCUGAAUCAGACUCAGAACCACCUCGAAAGGGCCCACAAGCACGCAAGAAAGAGAAGCCUGCACCAAAGCCCCGUGCACGGAAACCCAAACCCACUCCGGCAAAACGAGCAGCUUCAUCGUCCUCUGACAGUGACAGUGAUAGUGAACCUGACCGCAUCAGUGAAUGGAAGAAACGGGAUGAGGAACGCAGGCGAGAGCUGGAGGAGCGGAGGAAAAAGGAGGAGGCGGAGGAGCUCCGUCGGCUACGUGAGAGAGAGAAAGAGGAAGAAGAAAAAAAGAAAAAAGAUAAAGAUAAGGGCAAAAAGGAGAGUGACAGUGACAGCAGCAGUAGCUCAGAUGAAGGUGUAGAUGAUCACCCAUUGAAGAAGUCAAAGAAACCCCCUCCACCUCCGAUCCCUGCACCUUCCGACUCUGAUUCUCCAUCACCAACCGAGGUGAAGAAACCACCCAAAAAGUCAGACAACCAGAAGAAGGCAAGAAUAAAAAAAGAGAAGGAGAGAAAAGAGAUAAAGGAGAAGAAAUCCAGACGGUCAGAGGAAAAGUCCAGAGGAAGAUCUAAGCCUGAAAAACCCAAACGCAAACCAGAGAGGCCGCCAGAGAAGAAGGUGGAAAAGAAAAAAGAGUCAUCACCAGAAGAACGGCUACAGAAACUCCACACAGAUAUAAAGUUUGCACUCAAAGUGGACAACCCGGACAUAGAGCGGUGUCUACAAGCCCUGAAAGAGCUUGAGGCUGUGCCCGUCACCAGCCAGAUCCUGCACAAGAAUGCUGAAGUUAUUGCCACAUUAAAGAAGAUUCGGCGGUAUAAAGCCAGCACCGCUGUCAUGGAAAAAGCCAGCGAAGUUUACAACAAGUUAAAACUUCGCUUUGUGAGCAAGGCAGAGGUAGCAGUUAAACCUCAAACAGAGAGCAAGGAACCAGAAGAUGAUGAGAAGGAGACACAAGACACAGACUCCACUCCAGUGAACGGGGAAUCAGAGCAGAAAAAAGAGGAUAUGGAUGAAGAUGAAAAACCGAAAUCACCCACUCAGGAGGAGAAAAAUGACGAUGUGGCUUCAAGUCCUAACAGACGGAGCCCAAACAGCCCUGCUGAACAACAGAAACACAACUAUGAAGAAGAAGAAGAAGCAGACAACUCCUUCUCUGCAGAGGCGGAACCACCUGCUGUUGAAAGCUGAAAGACCCUUAACCACCACUGCAGCGGACCAAGCACUAAAAGAUGGCGGUCCCUUUGUUUGCCAUCAUACAGUGCUCUUGGCCCAGCAACAUUGCAACACACACCCAGCAUCUCCUAGAGUAUCUGUUACAUCAGUGCUGAUGUUUUGGACAUUUUGUACUAUAACAAUAUCAAGCCAGAAGGCCCGAUUGCUCACACCCAUGGGUCCAUUAUUUAUCCCAGAAAAAAAAGGAAAGCUUAUUCGUGUGAUAGUUUCUUUUGUUUCUGAAAUGUACUUUUCCUUUUAUACGACACUCGGCCCGUCCUGGAUCCUCAACCUAAGCCCCUGCUCCUGGCUACUGUGUUCUUUCUACCACAUGAACUCUUACUUUGGUCUUUCAUACUGUAUGUAUAUUGAAUGAUUAAAUUUUUAGCACUUGUCACCGGAAUUUAGGCAGGGGUAGUAUGAGAUCAAACUUUAAUGAUUGUUGCGGGGGGAAACUGGGUGGAAAUGGAGCCAUGCUGUUAAUUUUUCGCUUUGAAGAUUUUGUGCAGCCCUUAUAUUUGUCGGCUUCAUUUUCUUUUUCUUUCUUAUAAAGCGUACAAAACAUCACAAACACCUCUUGUCUGUGUGUAUGACAUUGUGCGAGUGGUGGAGAGCUAUUUGUGAGGGGUUCUUUUUAGUAUUUUUUUUUAAAUUAUCUGGUUUCGAUCCAAUAAUUUCAGUCUGAAAUGUUUGUCGCAGUGAUUGUUAACCUGAAGCCAUGAGCUGAGUCUCUUAAAACUGUCCACCUGCUUUUUUUAUAGCCUAUUUGCAUCUACGAUUUUGUCUAAAAUAACAACUGCUGUGGAGUAACACACCUUGCACUGUCAUCUCCCCAUAGAAUCUGCAUCCAGUAACAUAAUAAAUGGUAUGAACGUGCAGAUGGAAAACUUCCCUUUUAAGCAACUGAACUCUCAUGUAGCUGCAGCCUUUUUUUUCUCAUAUUUUUUUUUUUACAUUUCUCCAUCAUAUGCAUACAACAGGUGUUUUAAUGCUAUAUGAAUUGGUAAAGCAUUUCUAUCACAUAGUUGAGACUUGAAUAAAAACCUCAGUAUGGA